AUGUUUUGCUGCCUUAGCACACUUCCUGUCCCGCUGCAGAUCUGCAUGGGGAUGUGCCUGCACCAGGAUGUCACAGAAGAGGGUAAAAAAGCAAAACUCCAGAGCUCUAAAAUAGAGCAAGACCUUUGGGAUCAUGCCAGGACCGAGGUGAACGUGGUGAAAAUCCUCAUGCUCGGAGCCGCAGAGAGUGGAAAGACGACCCUGAUCAAACAGAUCAAGAUUAUCCACAGUCAGGGCUUCUCCAAACGGGAGCUCCUCAGUUUCAAGGCUGCAGUACUGGACAACCUGCUGACCUCUAUUAAGGUGGUUCUUCGUGGAAUGGGGAUGCUGAGGAUUAACCUGGCGAACAAGAAGAACAAGAUGCGCGCUCGCUCCAUCCUGUCCUGCAGUCAGUGUUUGGGGGACGACCAGGAACUGCUUCCUUUCGUGGCGCACGCAUUGUGCGCGCUUUGUGCCGACCAAGGGGUGCGAGCAGCCGCAGCCAGAGGUUACGAGUUUGAGCUGAAUGACUCUGCACUCUACUUCUUUGACAAUAUUGGUCGAAUCAUCGCUCCCAAAUACGUUCCCACAGAGACCGAUGUUCUGAGAGUGAGAGUGAGGACCUGUGGCAUCAUUGAGACGCAGUUUCAACUUAAUGAAAUUAUCUUUCGGUUGUAUGACGUCGGCGGCCAGCGGAGCGAGAGGAGGAAAUGGCUCGGCUGCUUUGACUGUAUUCAGGCCGUGCUGUUUGUCGUGGCCCUCAGCAGCUACGAUUUGACACAGACGGAGGACCCUUCAGUGAAUCGACUGCAGGAAAGUCUCGAACUUUUUACAUCCGUCUGCACCAACACCGUCUUUAGGAGCACUUCACUGAUUCUGUUCAUGAACAAAACGGACCUUUUCCGGGAUAAGAUCCUGCACUCUGGAAGACACUUAAGAUUUUACCUUUCUAGUUACAAAGGAGCAGAUGCUGAAGUGGACGCUGCAGCCCACCACAUCGCUGCCAUGUUCUCCUCGUGUAGCUGCAGUCCAGACGAACCCGUGUACCACCACUUCACCACCGCCACCGACACCACCAACGUACAGGUGGUGUUCCACAUGGUCAUAGAUCAGGUGAUGAAGGGGAAUCUAGCAGCUGUCCAGCUCCUGUAA